AUGUGGUGCAGACAACGGUCACUCUGGGAUCAGGAAUGGAACAGUAUUGUCUUUACUAGCGAGUCUCGAUUUUGUUUAGGCAUGCACGAUGGUCGUGCCAGGGUUAGAAGGCGACGUUGUGAAAGGAGGAAUCCACAGUUUUUUGUUGAAAGACAUGUUCAUCACACUGUUGGAGUUAUGGUUUGGGGUGCUAAAGCUUAUGGUUCCUGUAACAUGAACGCGCAGCGUUAUAUCCACGAAGUUCUAGAACCCCAUCUUUUACCCUAUCUUGACACCCUGGCAGAUCCAACUUUCCAACAAGAUAAUGCCCGACCACAUGUUGCAAGAGUCACAAUAGCUAUGUCCACACUGUACCUUUUCAUCCUCAACUUUCGUCUUCAUCUUUCUAUUCGACUUUCGUUUAACGCUUACAAUAAGUGA